GUUCUAUGCCUCGUUUAAAGUAUUCAGGGUCUGAAAUAUCAACCAGUUCUUUGGGUAAUCUUUCUAGGACUUCCAGUGAGCAGGAUGUGAUACAAAUAGACUCUCUUCAAUGGAAAGAAGAUUGGCAACACUUGGAGAACUUGUGUCGUUCUUAUCAAGAACGUAUUGCUUCCUUGGAAGAUGAGAUUCAAGCACUAGUCACAGCUGAAACUUCACAGUCUUCUAUUUUGAGUCAAUAUAAAGCAAGAAAUGCGGAUUGGAAGGGGCGCGGUUGUAUGCAACGUGAACACAAACUCCCUCGCCUAUUGGAAGAAAGACUUUUCACUAUAGCCAUUCAUCUAUUUGAAGGUGAGGUCCUAAGACUACGGCAAGAACUUGAAAGGACUGUGCACCAUUUGGAACAAUUGCCUCAGACUGUGGAAGCAGCUGAUCGUUUGAUUACUCAAGAGUUGCAAAGGAUACGCUUAUUGGAUACAGUUAUGCCCACUUUUCAGUUUCCGGGAAAUGCAGUAGCCUUUGAAGCCAUUAUCAAAGGAUAUUCCACUGUUGAGGAUGUCGAAUAUGUCAAAGAGUUGUGUCUUAUUCUACAAACCGGAAACUGGGAACAACUGUUUACAAAGUUUUUUCGUGCAGUUGUUCUUUUUCGGGAUCAUCAGUCCAUCGAGUUGCAGAGAAGAGAUAGAGAGUUGGAUCCCAGUUGGUAUAAAGAACCUUGGUAUUAUACUUAUGUUCAAUAUUUUGGUACAAAAGACAACAAUCGAAGUACCUUUGAUGAUCUUAUCGAAAUGUUACCGUAUUUGGAAAGUUUAGGGUUUCGUAAUUUAUAUUUGUUACCACAUUAUGAGUCACCUCUUGCAGAUGGAGGUUACGAUGUGAGUUCUUAUCGAGCUAGAAAGAAUCUGGGUGGUCAGGAAGCUUAUUUAAGGUUUAUGAAAGUGGCAAUUUUGAAAGGUUUUCGAGUAGCUACGGAUGCAAUAUUGAAUCAUACUUCAGUUGAGCACAGUUGGUUUCGACGAGCUAGAAGAGGAGAUAAGAGAUAUCUUGAUUAUUACUUGAUAAGGAAUGGUAGAAAGAAGAUUGGAGAAGUGGAACGAAAUGGCGAUAUUAUUUGUCGUUAUGAGGAUCCUGAUAAGACCAUUAGUGAGAGAGUUUGUAUAUUUCCGGAUGUGGAUCGCACACAUGGCCUUUUAGUAACCCAAAACAAAGACACAGUUGUACAAUUUUAUCGAAGUUUUUAUCCUUUUCAAGUAGAUUUAGAUCUCCGAAAUGUUUCUGUGUUGGAUGAAAUAUUUCAUAUUUUAGGUGAAGAAGUCAAUCAAGGCAUAUUAGGAAAGAGAAUGGAUGCCAUACCUUAUUGGAUAAAGAAACCAGGAACAAGUGGGGAUUCUUUAAAGGAGACUCAUGUUUUACAUUCUCUUUUGAAGACUUAUUUAAAGCAUCUUUCAUCUCGAGUUGUUAUUAUUCCAGAAGUAGUGAAAAGUGCUUCAUCUGCUGCAUCGUUUAUUGGAAAAGAAAUGCAACUUUUGGGACAACCAUGUAGUUCAGAAGGUGACUUGUUAUUGGCUUUUGAAAUGCAGGCCCAAUUGCGAGAAAUGAAUUACUUACAAACUGUUGUUCCAUUUUGGAAACUAUUUUUUCAGUUGCCUCGAUUACCUUCCAAUGCAGAAUGGCUCAAUUUGUUAGAACAUCAUGAUGAAACCUAUCUUAGUUUCUUCUCAGAUCAAGUGAGACCUUUCAUAGCUUCCUAUAUUGAAGAACAUGGAGGUGUAGUUUAUAAGAAUCAAACGAGUGCUGGUUGCAGAUAUGCCGAUUGUUUGAAUCAUCAUGUUGAGAGAUUAGCAACAGCUAUUUUUACUCUUUAUAUGUGUCCAGGAGUUCCCUUAAUCUACUAUGGCUUAGAGAUUGGAUGGGGAAACAAUCCUUCACAUGCAACUUUUGCACAGCAUUGGCAACAAGAAAUAUUCAAGAAAUUUGAGUUGCAUAUGUCAGAAGAGAAAUGUUUUGAUCCGCGAGAGUUGCAAAGAGGUCCUAUUCCAAAGACUAAGUUUGAGGAAGCUAUGAAUGAGAAGAUCCCAACCAUUGAGUUGAUACGCCGAUUGAAUUAUUUGAGAAGGCAAAGGAAUAGCCUUUCAGCAACUGCUCAGAUACAUCCUGUUGAUUCCGGUCAUAUUUGUUUGUUCAGCAUGAUUCGAGUUGCCAUCGAUGAUGAGCCGUUGUUAUGUGUUGCCAAUCUUUCCAACAAUCAGAUGUGUUUGACUAUUCCUAAUUGGCAACUUAAGCAAUAUCUUUCAAUUGACGAAAUGACGCAUAUUGCUAUGACUGAUUUACUAACCGAACAAAACGUUGUCUUAAUCAAACAGAAGGAAGACCCUCAUUAUUUAUUAGACUUGCCUCCCUUUUCAAGAGCCAUUCUAAACAAGUACAUCAGAUGAAGCUGCAAGCCUAGAGGGAAUGAAAAGCUUAUUCUUCGAAGAUGAACAGCACAAGAAGAGUUCAAAACAUGGUUGGAAGUCUAAUUGAUUGUCAAAAGUAUAUAAGAUAGCUGUCAUUAUACUUUAAAUGAUAUUUGGAGAAUGGCAUUACUACUUGAAUAUGUCUUGCUUUUGUUUGAUAACCU